AUGUCUCGGCUCGCUCUUGGUCUCGUUGCCCUCGCCGGCCUCAUGGGCCCGGCCAGCGCGCAACGCUUCGACAACAGCACCAGCGAUAGCGCCACCGUCAAAUGGCUCGGCAGCACUCCCUCUUACACCGCCGGUACGACAUUCGGCCUGCCCUGGGCCCGCAGCAAGUACUUCCCCAACUCGACCGAGUUCUCCCUCUCAGGCGGCGGUUUGCUGCAGACCUGGGUGACGGCAUACUGGUCUGACGGCUCCAUCAAAUGGACCGGCCACGCGAUCCCCGAAUCCGACACGAUCCUGGACGAGUACACAGUCAGCGCAUCUUCGUCGUCCAACUCGACGACGCGCUUCUCUCGUGCCAGACGGCAGCAGUCUAGCGGCCUGACCGUCACCGACUCAUCUGAUGCCGUUAGUGUCGAUACUGGCAAGCUUGCCAUCACGUUCCCCAAAUCGGGUAAUGUCGUCGUUGGCGAGAUUAAGACUGCAUCUGGCAAGACUAUCGGCCAGAACGGAAAGCUGGUGCUGCACUCUCAGUCCGGCGUGGAGGACCAGGCGGAAUUGAAGGGCCAAUCUGCUAUCAACUACUUCAACUUCGAGAGCAACAUCGAAGAGGUCACUGUCAGCAAGGACAACACUGCUCGUGCCCUCGUCACCGUCCGUGGGAGGCACUCCGGCGACGGUAGCCACGAAGACUGGCUUCCCUUCAUCCUUCGCUUUUACCUCUACCAUAACUCCGAGGCCGUUCGCAUCGUACACACUGUCAUCUACGAUGGCAACGCCAAGGAAGACUUCAUCUCUGGACUUGGCAUCCGCUUCGAGGUUCCCCUCGAGGGCGAGGAACAGUACAACCGUCACGUCAGAAUCUCCGGCAUCGACGGAGGUCUCCUGAGUGAAGCCGUGCAGGGCAUCACCGGUCUCCGCAGAGACCCCGGCGUCGACAUCCGCAACGAUCAAUUCGAGGGCGUGGAGCUCGCCGAUCCUGCUACAUGGGACCAGAGAGUCACAACCAGACUCAAGUGGAUCCCUACUUGGAGCGACUUCAGCUUGACCCAGCUCUCUCCUGAUGGCUUCACGUUGAAGAAGCGCACCAAGGCUGGUCAGAGUUGGGUCAACAUCCCCGGCGGCACUCGCUCGGGCGGUCUGGCGUACCUCGGCGGUGCCACCAAAGGUGGUCUCGCCGUUGGCCUGCGCAACUUCUGGAAGCGUUACCCGACCGGCAUCGACAUCACCAACGCCGCCACGGACAAGGGUGAGAUUACAAUCUGGAUCUACAGCCCCUCGGCACCCGCUCUGGAUAUCCGCCCCUACCACGACGGUCUCGGCCAGGAGACCUACGCAGAGCAGCUCGAUGCUCUCGAAAUCACGUACGAAGACUACGAGCCCGGCUUCAACAACCCUUACGGCGUCGCCCGAACCAACGAAAUCUUCCUCUACGGCUUCGACCAGACCCCCAACCGUACGCUCCUUGCCGACUUGACCGACCACACCAACAACCCUCCCGUCCUCUUCGGCGAACCCGAAUAUCUCGCCGAAACCAAGGCUAUUGGUAACUACUGGGCACCUCCGGCCGAGUCACCCUCAGGCCUCGCCGCCGACAUCGAGAAGCACCUCGACUUUCUCUUCAAAUUCUACGAAGGUCAGGUCGAGCAGCGCAAGUGGUACGGCUUCUGGGACCACGGCGACUUCAUCCACGCCUACGACACGGACAGGCACCAGUGGCGCUAUGAUAUCGGCGGCUACGCCUGGGAUAACUCGGAGCUCUCCCCCGACCUCUUCUUCUGGAACUACUUCCUCCGUACCGGUCGCGAAGACGUCUUCCGCUUCGCCGAGGCCCAAGUUCGCCACACCGGCGAAGUCGAUGUCUACCAUCUCGGAAAGUACAAGGGUCUUGGAACCCGCCACGGCGUCCAGCACUGGGGCGAUAGCGCCAAGCAGGCACGUAUCUCGACGCCGCAGUACCGCAAGGUCUUCUUCUUCGUCACGGGCGGCGACGAGCGCACCGGCGAGCUGAUCGAGGAAAUCCUCGACACGGACAAGACCUACGGUGUCCUCGACCCCAACCGCAAGGUCCGCACUGACGGCUGGGUCCCGACUCCCAACUCCUCUGUCGCCGUUGGUCUUGGCACGGAUUGGUCCUCGCUUGCUGCCUCAUGGCUUCUUGAGUGGGAGCGCCGCGGCUCCCGCUGGGAAGAGGCUCGCACGAAGCUCACCAACACCGCCGCCAGCAUCGCCAAGCUCAAGAACGGCUUCGUCACAGGCUCUGGCCUCUACAACCUCGCCGACGGCACCCUCGGACCCCCGCCCGCGGACCCCAACAACAACGGCACCGUCGCCGUGUCCCAUCUGUCUGCCGUCUUCGGACUCAUGGAAGUCGUCGCCGAGUUCAUUGAGCAUGCUGGCGACGAUGUCCCUGCAGGUUUCGAACAGGCGUGGUACGACUACAGCUACUACUACAGUGCCAGCGCCGCCGAGCAGACGGCGCGGUACGGCAAGGGAUUCGGUAACACGAGUCUCAAGCAGGGUCACUCUCGUCUCACUGCGUACGCUGCCCACCGCACGAACAACGCGACUCUCGCGGCUCGUGCUUGGAAUGAGUUCUUCAACACUGAUGGUUUGAAACAAACUGCUCCUUGGAGUACUGUGCACUUCAACGGCAGUGACGUGUUGGCGCCAAUCGAUGAGGCGUCGUGGAUUUCUACGAACGAUGCUGCCUUAUAUGGGCUGGCAGCCAUUAUCGACUUGGCUCUUGUCGGCGAAUACCUUCAGUGA